AUGGAGGUGGCCGAGAGCAGAGAACAGACCUCCGUUGGGCCGACAACGGGGGCAGAAUCCACAAUUACCAAUGGUGAGCGAAAUCCUUUCUUGGAUGACCCUCUCAUGGACGAUGGUCGGUCGAGUAGCUUGAGUGAGAUCGACGACGUCUCCGACAAUGAGCCCUCCGACUUUGAGGACUCCCCUAAGCCAGAACGGCAGCUAGAAAAUGACUCGGAGGCGGAGACUGAGCGCAUUGAGGACUCCCCUCACAACGUUCGAAAACGAGACAUUGUACUUAGCGCUGGCAGCGCUGGCCCCAGUCCGAGCAAGCUUCACCAGUCCACAACAUUGGAUGACGUCGAUGAUGAUGAACCAAUGGCAGAUGACUCGCCGAGCAAGCCUCGACGACUCUCCCCCAACAGCGGUAUGGAUGACGAUACUGCUGACCUUGACGAUGUGGAGCUUCCCGAUAGCAUUGGCAAGAAGCGGAAGCGCAUUGAUGCCGGUGAUGACACUGGAACCGAACUCGGCGAGGAAGAGCCACUGAAGAAGCGCCGGAGCUCCAUCAAGAGCGACCUGAGCGACCCGAUUGACGACGAUACCCCACUUUCCCCCGAACCGAUGAUGGAAGAAGAACCUACCACUCUUAUUGAUGAUGAACUGCCCGCCGACGAGAUUCCCGAAUCAGAUAUCCCUGCUGCGCCUCCUAAGGGCAAAAAGGGCAAAAAGGGUAAGCGCAAGGGAAGAAGAACUCAAGACGCCGACGAGGGGACUGAAACUGGCGGCACUGAGCCUGUUACAGAGGACGUGGCUGAUGACAAUCUUGGAGAAGACGAAGAGCCUGCGGAAAGGGUCGAUGAAGUUGACGAUGCCGAAACCGCAGCUCGAAUUGAGGAGGAGUCCGCGAAGAAAACGUCUGCCAUGGAAUCACUGGCCACUUUGGAAAAAGAGUUUGCGACAUUGCGUGACAAGAUCUAUGACGAACGGAUCACAAAGCUCAAUCGGGAAAUGGAAAUGCUAACUGGUCCAAACCCGACGCACCCCGAGUACCUGCGUCAAAUCGAAUGCGUGCAACGUUACCGGGAUGCCAAAAUUCAAUACGAGCAUACCCUGUACCGUUACCGCAUGAAGGCGCUGCUCAACAAAAGCUUGGCCGAACGUGCCCAAGCACACAGCACAUACUUCCAGCGCACCCGAGAUGUUCGAGAACAUCAUUCAAGUGCGAUCAGCAAGCAAUUCUAUGCGAUUCAGCAUGAUCGUUUCAAGACGGACGAGCUGAGCCCGCAUCAUAUUAUCCCAUUCCCCACCCGUCGUUCCCAGCAGAUUGCCCAUCAGACUGCGUACAACCAUGAAGUCUCUGUUAUGGCAGGAGUCGCUAAGUAUGUUGGUUUCCCGGCUGCGCCGACUUUGUUAGGCGCGCGGCCGGCUGAACUGGAGGACGACCUGGAGAAGAUGGGAAUUACUGUUGAGACUCGAGUUUCGGCUCCUAGACAUUCAUCGGCGUUGCCAACUCGCGGUGCAGUGUCAGCAAUGUCGUCGAACAUGUUUCGCACAGCUGCAGAGGAGGCCUUCUUGGAACAAACGCCGUGGGCCAAUCCACAGCAUCCUAUCCAUCAGCAACAGCCACAACACCAGUAUUCACAACAGCAUCGCCCGCAAGGAUCUUCAUUUGCGACACCAGCCGCUCAAAAACGAGUGGUCGAUAUCAAUGCGCCCAAUGGCUCUGCAUCCACGAUUCCAGAAAACAUCUCGGCUGCCAACUCAUCCACUAACAAUACCCCCUACGGUACAGAACAAGAGCCCCAACAUUCGACUCAAGGACCUUUCCGCAAUCCUGACUAUGGCAACGAACAUAAAUCUGGGUUUCGAUCUCAAAGUUCUUCCCCGUUAGAUGUGCGAAAAUCCCAGCCACAUCCAAGCCUCGUCGAGCGCCUCUCCCCAGCGCCCGAUGUCUCUGCCUCGCGCAACAAUCCUCUCUUCUCUUCCCAACCUAUCCGCCAGGGUUUGUUCCAACCCUCUGCCUCUAUGCCAGACUCAUCACCCAGUUUGCCAACAAAGGUCGUGGAUGCGGUACAUUACCGUCCCCAUCAGCCUGAAAUCUCCGCUGGAUCCGGUCCGAGCCACAUGCCAGCUCGGUAA